AUGCCUCCACCUCCUUCCGGAGGAGCGCUUCUUGCGAUGAACAACAACAACAACAACAACAACAGCACCGUUAUUAAAUCAUCGGGGUCAUCAUCAUUCCUCGGGGGGAGACGAGGCGUAAGUUUCUUCCUCUUUUGCUCGUUCGUCUGUUUCUUUUCGCUCCACUUCUCGUCCUCGAAGUGGCGCUCGUUACAACUCGAAUUGGACCAAACGCACGAAAAAUAUUCGAAAGAGAUCAACGAGUUCACGAGUAAAGUGCAAUUGUUAUCGAAGAAUUCGCAAAGGAUGGAAAGUUUAGAGAAAGAAAGAGACACGCAACGGACGCGAUUGAAGGAGAAAAACAGCGAGAUUAAUCAGCUGAAGGAAGAGUUGAAAAAAUCGAAACCGACUGCGGCGGCGAAGAUGGCGCAGGAGACGAAGAAGAGGAACGAAGAGUUGGAAGAGCAAAUCAGAGAGAUGAGAGUGGAAAUGGAAGAGAUGAAACAAGGGAACGAGAAAGAGAUGGAGGAGUUUAAGAUGGAUUCGAGCGAGGCGUACGACGGGUGUUCGAAGAGAGAGAAGAAGUUGCGAGGGGAGUUGGAGAGGUGUUUAGAAAGAGGAGGAGGAGGAGGAGGAAGCGUUUUAGAGAGGAACAGAAGUGGCGACGAUGGUCUCAGCAACGCGGCGAAAGCAAUAGAGAAUAGUGGUAGCAGUAGAAAUAGCAUCGGCAACGCGGUCCGCGAAUCCUCUAAGCGAGAGGAAGUUGAAGACGAGGACGACGAAGCGCUGGCGAAGAAGAAAGACGACCAACCCGAGCGCGACGUAAACGUAAACGACGACGACGACGACGUAAACGACGACGACGGUCAGAGAGGAAAAAACCAAGAACAACAACAACCUCGCGCACUCGGCGACCUGGACGAAGAGGACGAGGACGCCAAGCGCAAACAUAACCUCCGCGUCGAUCGCAUCGAACGCCUCGAAAAACAACGCCAAGACCAAGCCAAGUAUUGGGCGAAAUACCAAGCCAAGAAACAACAACAGCAACAACGCAUUAAGAAAGAGAGAGAGGAACAAGUUAAAAGUACUUCAGAACAAAAAAUGUCGUUUGUAACACACUCCUUCUCGAACGCGUUCGUCGCAAAACCCGCCGCGCAAAAGAAAAGACAACAACAAAAACGCGUCAAAGUCGUAAAAGUCUCCGCUUCUUCCCCUUCCUCUUCUUCUGAACUCGACGAUGAUGGGAGUAACCAAGCGCUUUUGUCCCGGCGUGGAUUUUCGGUUUCCCUAACUGUAUUGGCGGCUUCAUUCCAUUCCCAAAACGAAAACGUCUCGCACGCGCGGAACAGCUCACUCCCGACCGUUCUGGUCAUCGGGUCGACCGGUCAAACUGGAAAGUUAGUGGUUGCCUCCUUGGCGAACGCGAACGAUGCGAACGUCAUCGCCGGAUGUCGCUCGCUGGAGAAAGCGAAGAAAAUGAAAUUGGACCAGAACGGGGUGGAAUUGUUAGGCGGAGUGGACGUGACGGAUACGACCGAGAACCUCGCGUUGGCUAUGGCCGGCGCGGAUGUCGUCGUCAUCGCGACUGGGUUCGUCCCGGGUAACCCGUUCAAAAUGAACGCCGCUGCGCACGAGGUGGAUAACGAAGGCGUCGUGAAUUGCGUCAACGCGGCGAAGAAAGCCGGGAACGUGAAGAAAAUCGUGUUAAUUUCGAGCAUUCUCACCAACGGCAGAGCGGCUGGUUUGGCGGACUCGCCCGGUUUCAAAAUAACCAACGCGUUCGGCGGCGUCUUGGACGAAAAGCUCGUCGGCGAAAACUACUUGCGAAACUCCGGAAUCGACUGGGUCAUCGUUCGUCCUGCUGGCUUGAAAAACGACCAAUCUGGCUCUUUAAUCGUCGGCCAAGAAGACGCCAUGGCGAGCGGAGAAAUCGAUCGACGCUUAGUCGCCCAAGUCAUGGCCAAAGCGGCGUUGGACGACAAAGCGAAGAAUAAGGUCUACGAAAUCGCAGAAGAAGGGUCGUAUUCCAACGGGUACGAUUGCGGCGCGCCAAAGUGUCAAAUCGUCGGAAGCGAUAGUAGUAAAUGGUUCUCGUAA